AUGGUAGAGCUGCUAAAAGAGAAUUUUUUUCAGAACUUACUAACUGUUUUAAAAGGUGCAUCUUCGAAAUGCAGAGCUUUAGAUGAAAGGUUUCCUAAAGAAUUCUACGAGCCUGAUCCAACACACAUAUACGAUUCUUACGUGAAGUUUCUAAGGGCCAAGUUUGAUGAAAAUCCAGAUAUCAAAAUAGCAGAAGAUAUUGAUUCAAUUUCCAUAUCUGAUAAAUUUGCUAGUGGAGAUUACCAGAAGCAUGAAGAUUCUGUUUAUCGGAUUUACCAUGAUAUUAAAUUAGUAUGCUCCAUUUUAAUUCACUACUACUCUCAAGGAACGAGGUCGUACCAAAUGGUCGACAAAUUCUACAAAUUUGCAGCAGAAUUGAUUCUAAGGGAAUGUUAUAGAGUUGGAGCCAAACUGGUGGGAGACUUCGCGGCAGACAUUGACUUCAAAGAAAGUGAUUUUUCAAAAACCAUUUCCAAUGAUUUCCUUAAAAUUAGUCAAGUUUAUCAGCUCCCCGUUACUGAAACUUACCAUACGCAGACAAAGGAGGGACAUUUGUUCAGUUCGGUGAUAACGAGGUCAGUACUUGAUCAGAGGCCAAAGGAAGUACCAUACGAGGAAUGUGAAAUUGUGAAAAUUAUUCCUCAAGCAACAUCCCAACCAGCCAAUAGAUUGGGAUUCGUAGCAGCUAACACUUCCAAUGUUCCUGAUCCAACAAUUUCUCCUACAGAAAUCAUGACCUCCUUUCUGCAUCCGAAUUGGUACCCGCUACCCACUACUAAAUGGUUGGAGUAUGGCGACUAUCAAUCUUUUGCUCCGAGUAUCUCGGAGUUCAAGUCUGUAACAGAUUGUUCCCGUAAAGGAGACAUAUGGUUGGAAAAGGUCGGAUACAAAAGCUGGUUAGAAAUAGAAUCGAAGAAGAGAGGGGCUGCGGAAGCAGAAGAUAAAAAUGUUGAAGAUGAAAAAAUAAAGGAUGAGGGUAUUGAAGAUCAAAAGGUUGAGGAAGCAAAUGACAGUAUCGGAUCUGACAACCAAAAAAAGGAAUCAAAUGAAAAUGAUGAAGAGCAGAAUGUUGCCACGGAUGAAGAGCAAGAUACAAAUGAGGAGGGAGAUGAAGUAAUAGUGACAACGGAGCCAGCUGGACCUGUCAAUAUUAAUUUGAAAAAUCUUUAUGACUGGCAACCUAGCCAUGAGAUACAUGAUGAAGAUAUAACGGCUUUUGAGCAAGGUGAACAGCAAAGGUUAUUGACAGAGAUAUUGCUAAAGCUAAAGGCAUGUAAAUCGAGAAGGGUCAAGCUGAACAAGAUAUCAAAACCAACAAGUGAGGAAGUUUCCCUUUAUCAUAGAGCACAGAACAUCUUGAAAGAAGCUCUACUUUCUAAACAGAUUGUGACAUCUCCAAAAUUGCACGAGAAACAUUUCCCAGUCCUUCAGACUAAUUAUGCCGGAUCAGUUCCUGUCGUCAAGACCAUAUCGACUAGAAAAAAGAAAAGUAAGAAAGUUAUGCAGUGA